GAACCCCCACGUUUGUUACCCACUUUUGCUUGGCCGUACGCUCGCUUGUGUCGUGACCUGUCAGUCGUCGUCAGAGAAGGUUUAGUAAAUUUUCUGCACGCUUCCAAAGUUUUUCAGUGAGUGAUUUUUUUUGUUCCGCUUUUCGGCCCGCGGAUAGUGUUAAAAGUGAAUCCCAUCCACCCCUCCCAAAACCGGAAAGUGCUAACCAACCCCCCAGAUUGUGAAGGGAAAAGUGAACCCACCGUGAAAUUCAGUUUGAAGUGUGUUUGUGUCUCGCGCGAAUAUUUUUUGUAGAAAUAUAUUUCCAAUUUCGACAUCAUGGCCUCAUCAUCCAGCUCGACACCAACGGUGAACCAGGCGAAGCAGUAUCCGUCGCGCCAGCGCAGUCCGUUUACCCAGGCAAAACCAGAAUCGAAGCUGAACGUGGCCGCCCCACCGUUCGUCUACCCGCGGACGUCCAGCUCGAUGGGAGCGCUCCGUCACGGGGAAAGCAUGCCGGAGAUCGGGUACAUCGGUCCGACCCAGCUACCGGUGAACAGUCGCAUCUGGAGCAGCAUUUCCACGUACCCGUUGGAGGAAGCGCCUACUGUGCGAACUACAACUCCGAGCCAACUGUUCCAGUAUUACCAGCUGCAGCAGCAACAACAGCAACAACAACAACAACAACAGCACCAGCAAAACUACCAGCACCAACAACUGCAGCAUCAUCAACUGAAACGUCAGUACGCAUCGUCGCCGCACCUAACCUACGAACCGGUUCGCCAGUUUGGACCGGUGGUCCUGCCCAACGGAAUCAUCCAGCUGAAGAUGCGCGACGCCGUGGUCAUUGAGAUGACCAUCGAUCGCUCGAUCAAGCUGAUGAAUAAUCAGGAGCAGAUCACGAUGGCUUUGUCGAGCACGGGAACGUCGGCGGCGCUAAGCCACCCGAAUGGAAUCGUGUUCCAAAAUGGCUCCCGGGUGGACAUCGUGGCGUACGAUGGCCGCGGGAAGAAUUCCUAUAUUCGCUACGCCAAAAUGUGGCAGAAAGGCAUCAGCCUCACCAGUGAGGGAUGUGCUCUGAUUUACCUGGUCGAUGCAGCCGGCACCCGUACCACCUCCGACAUGAUGAACAUCGAUUUGAACACUGAUUACAUCAGCCCGGUGUUCUACAAUGGCACUCGCAUCGGUACCCAAUUCUAUCCGGAAGCCAAUCAGAUUGCCCAGAGUGCCAACUUUUGGCUCAAUGAUGACGGGACGGAAAUCUUCCACCUGAACGGGUACCGCAUCCAGCAGACGAUGGACGGGCUGGUGAAGGUGGCUCGCAUGAACAACCGCUGCAACUUGCGGACGAGCCCGACUAAUGGCUCCGCCACGAUUACCACGCCCUACAUCCACUGCACGGCAUCGAUGGGACAGACGUCGCAUCUUUUCGUACGCCGUGAAGAACGUCGCAUGCACUUCGAUGGUACUUCGUUCGUCGUUCGCAACGCGGGACACUCGGCCGGAUUCGACGAAGGGAACCUACUGCGGGUGUACUAACAAGGAACAAGGACUAGGAUGGGGGACCACGGGGCUGCUGUGUGUCGGCUCAACGUAUUCCUUAAGAAAAUGAACUUUCACUCCCCGGCCGCCCCGGUUCCCGUGGUUCAUUUUCAAAUUAAUGAAGAAAAGUACACGUCAGACGAUGUCUCCUGUGAGCACGCGAGUGGAACGCACAUCGGAAGCCCUUCCACGCGUCGCCGUGCCCCACUUAUAUGUUUAUCUAUCUAGGACCUCGGUAUAUUUAUCCCAUAUUGUACUACCAGUAGACUUUGCAGCGAGCAGCUGCCAUUUAUCUUGUUUCCCGUCUCUUGUCUUGGCGGCUUGGGCAACCCAAGAAAGCAUGCUGACUCUGACACUGUGGCAGGAUGUGAACUCCCUGUUAUGUACGAGGGUGCCUUUUCUGCAUGCGGGCACCAAGCGGAAGAGAUGCAAAUUGUAUUAAAUUAAACCUAAAUUUACAUAAGUCGUAAAUAGAGAAUAACACAGGAUGCUACAGACACAAAGUA